ACCAAGUUCUUCCCCCUCCGAAGGGAAACGGGAAGGAAAGGAGGAGAUUCUCUUCUCGGAGGCUUCAAACCCAGAAACCAUUUCCUCUCGAUCUUCGAUUUCAAUUUGGAAAAGAAAUCCAAAGAAUCGAAGAACAGCCUCAUCCAUUAAUCUUUCUUAUUCUGAGGGAUGGGUGUGAGCAGCCGUUGUUCCCAUACUUCACACAUCACCGAAAUCAUAAUCACCAGCUUCUUCCGCCAUAAGUCUUAGAUUACCCCCCAACAACACAGACCCACUGGCUAAUCUUCUCCGUUUUAUUGAUGGCUGUUUGAAACAGGGAAUAGUUUCUUUGUAUUUAGGGCUAUGGCGGGUCGGAGGGUAUAUGGCGGCGGCGGCGACGACGGUGGUAGUAUAAGCGGUGUUUCUUCCAAUCAUAGUGUUUUGCUUCAGAAUCGUGGAGGGUCUUUUGCUUCUGAGCCUCUUAGUGCUCUUUUCCUUUCUGGGUCAUCUUCUUCUACUUCCCCCUCUCUGCUUGAUUGUUCUGGUAUAGGUUCAAGAUCCAUGAUGAGUUUCGAAGAUAUUCGUGGAGGAAACGGAUCGAAUAGAUCGUUCUUUUGCCCGUUCGAUAAUGAAGAUAAUGGGGAUGAAGACUUGGAUGAUUACUUCCAUCACCCUGAAAAAAAGAGGCGUUUAUCAGCUGAUCAAGUCCGGUUCCUUGAGAAAAGUUUCGAGACCGAGAACAAGCUCGAACCGGAGAGGAAAGUUCAGCUAGCAAAGGACCUCGGGCUGCAGCCUCGUCAGGUUGCUAUAUGGUUUCAAAAUCGCCGAGCACGGUGGAAAACUAAACAGCUGGAGAAGGACUAUGAAGCUCUUCAAUCCAGCUAUGGAAACCUUAAGGUUGACUAUGAAAACCUACUGAAGGAGAAGGAUUCAUUGAAGGCUGAGAUUCUUGUCCUGACAGACAAACUGAUACUCAAAGACAAAGAAAGGAGCAACUCUGUGGUGUCUGAAGAUGACAAAUUUGGUGAAGAACCACCACAAAAUUUGGUUGAUGAAGCCUCCAAAUCUUCAAAGCUGGGUUGUAAGCAGGAGGAGAUGAGUUCAGUCAAAAGUGAUAUAUUUGAUUCAGAUAGCCCACACUACACUGAUGGGGUUCACUCUUCACUCCUAGACCCCGGAGAUUCGUCCUACAUUUUCGAUCCCGAUCAGUCCGACUUAUCGCAAGACGAAGAAGAUAACUUGGGAAAGAAUCUUUUGCCUCCUUGCAUCUUCCCAAAGCUCGAAGAUGUCGAUUACUCUGACCCGCCCACAAGUUCUUGUAAUUUUGUAUUCCCCAUCGAUGACAAUGCCCUUUGGUCCUGGUCUUAGAGAGUCUUUUUCUAUGUUGUGCUUGUUUUUCUAGUAAUAAAUCCAAGCAAUGGUAGCCCACACCCACGUGUCGAGCCUAGCCGAGCCAGGUUCGACAACUUCUUCGAUCCGUCCUGUAAUCUUCUUGGGUUUUGGUUAAGGGUUGUUUUUAGUGUCGAAUGUUGUUUUCUUUGAAUGUGAUUAAAUAAUAUGUUGUCAAUUAUGUUUCCUCCUGA